GCAGAUUGGAAACGCUAGGCGGAAGCGCACAUGCGCCUUUGAGAGCGUGGAGGGGAAGUCCUAAAAGGUAGCCUUUAUUAGUCAGAGUUGUUAGGUUGUGGCAGUACAGUAACAAUUGUGCAGCACUAGUAAUGGCCAACUUCGACCCUUUUAACCCGAGCCCGGUCAAUAACAGCUGUUUAACGAAAACGAGGGAAAGUACGUCGACGAAUCAGGUGAUGUCAUUAAAAGCCUUCAGCAUGCAGAGGCUCGUCCAGCUGGUGCAGAAGAGCAGCAGAAGAGCCUGCCAGCUCUUCUGCUGUCCACUGGACGCCCUGCUGUGUGAGAAGCCGGCGUGCUGCCCCGGUUCAGAUUCUCAACCCACAGCGCCAAAGACUGCACAAGUAGCACUCACCAGUCCGCCGUCCACCAUUUUGAUACUGAACAUCAGCAACUCCACUCUGAUCGACUGCGUCAUUGGGCCUGACACUUACGCAUCUGCAGCGGCGGAAAGUCAUUCUCUGAUGCAGGAACCUGCUCUUCAUGUGCACGAUAAGUUGAGGUGCAGCUGCAGCAACGGACACCAAGGUUCAGCACCGACGUCUCCUACUUCCGCCUCAUCGUGUGUUUCUUCACAAGAGCCUCCGAGCAUCAACAUCCACGGCUCUCACCUCAACUACGUCAUCAUCGGUGACAACAACUACAUGCACGCCGAACACGUGGCUGAAGCAGAAGCACCACUGCUGUGAGGCUUCAACUUGAGAGCUGACAGACACUACGUAGGUUACGUUCAGCUGAAACAUACAUUUUACUUUCCAGACCGCUUAUUUUGAGUGGAACUUCAAGUUAUGACAUUUAUUACCUUAUAGUCAUCCAUCAAUUUAGUAAUAAAACAAGGUGGCAAUGACAUUGCAAGAUCUAUUUUUAAUACAUUGUAUUCUAAAUAUUCAAUCUUAUUGGUUGCCAACAAUUAGAUACAAUGAUUCAUAUCUAAUGAAUUCAGUGAGACAAAUUUAGAUGUAACUUGGUCUCAGGCCCACAUUUGAGUCAUGAUUUAUAUUGAUGUAAAAGUUUCAGCAUCUUAUCCAGAAAUAUGCCCAGGAUUUUCCUGUUUUGCAAUGCUGGGUCUUCUGUCCUACGUCAGAAAUGUGGAUGUAAAAGCUGGAAGCAGGGGGAAAGUUUGCUGGACUUUGUUCCUCCCAUGAGCGUGACUUUCUUAUGACUCACACCCAGUUACUGUGCUUUGCAGCAUGUCCCAUGGUCUGACACAUUAUUCUUAUUCUGUUGUACAGUUUGUGAACUGUAUAUUGUCUGACUGCAAAGACAAAGUGUGAAGAGACUGUGCCUAUAUUUACAUCCUGAUCAUGUCAUACAGUACAUCAAGGUGUUGGCGUACUGUAUGUUAAAAUGUUUGGCCCAUGGUCACUAACAGUAGUAACUAACUAUGUAGUAGUUAAUUUUUUUAUAUUUGUAUAUUUGACAUCUUGUUAAAGAAGUGUUUAAUUUCUACUGUUCAGGUUGAAGUGUACAUAAAAUGAAAUAACAAAACAUGUUUAACUUAUAUUUUUAUGACUUUAUAACAUAUUUUUAUUUAAAAAUGAAGACUGAUUGAUUGAAGAAAUUGUUCUGGAACUUGCUGUUUAUUAAAUAUAUAAUUUAAUAAAGAGAAAUGAGAAGCA